CCAUCAUGUGACAUGGAAGCAUCUCACUCACGUCAAAUACUAGUGUGAAUAUAAACGGAGUUAUUUAGCGUCACCACGCUCUCCAUGCGCUGUCUGCUAUCACCUGACUGCGCCGAGCUGACCUGUGUUAUUGUCGCAUACCAAACACCCUGGCACUAUUAUUGGAACAAGAGCCUCAACCAAAUGACUUUGAGAGUUGUGGUGUGACUCUAGGUCACAACACAGCGGAAUAAAACGCUUCUAGAUUCUCCAUAAAUUUUUAUUUUAACUUUAUUUUUUUGGCACUGCAUAGUGGACGGUUAUUUUUAUAUCCAGCAAUGGUAUAUGAUAUGAUUGUGGGUCAGAGGGGUUGUUUGGUGCACCCAGCUACGUGUUCAACUUGACAUGCUUAAUUGGAUUAACUUAUUCUGAUGCAUUAAGCUGUGCAUCAUGAAGUAGAGUAAGGUAAGGAAUUUUCCUCUGCUAAAUCUCAACUUUAGAGGCAUGUACCUUCAGUUCAGCUGCAUAAUUUUGCAGCUGAAGCAAAUGCACUUUUAAAUAGUAAUCAGUGGGGAAAAAAUUUAUUUUAAUUUGUGUGUGCAUGGAGGUUUGAGUGUUGACUCCAGAUUUUACCUUGAUGCUAGUUAAUGUCUUUUAUAAAUGAAGUAGAAUGAACAUGUUUUUCCUGGUGUGGGCCUUCGCUCUGUCUGUGUAUACUCGUAAGGAACAGUCUGUGAUCUGUCACAGGGGAUCUUCAGAUUAUUUUGCAGCAAAUGUGGGAGGAGAAAAGGGAGGAAGUGCCGGAGAGGAACAUUUUGUAGAGGUCCCUUUGUUUUGGUCCUACAUUUUAUAAUCUAGUUUCACUACUAAGGCACAUGGGAUAAUAAAAAAGGCCUUACAAUGGAGGGAAAUGACUUAUUCCCAUAUCUCCAAAGGCCUAGCAUGUCUGGUCUUCACUUGGUGAAAAAAGGACGUGAACACAGAAAGAUGGAUUUACAGAGGGACUUCACUGUGGCCUCUCCUGCUGAGUUUGUCACUCGGUUUGGUGGCACCCGUGUCAUUGAAAAAGUACUGAUAGCCAACAACGGUAUAGCUGCAGUCAAAUGUAUGCGUUCUAUCCGUCGCUGGUCCUACGAAAUGUUUCGCAAUGAAAGGACCAUUCGUUUUGUGGUCAUGGUGACUCCUGAAGACUUGAAAGCUAAUGCAGAAUACAUUAAAAUGGCAGACCAUUAUGUUCCUGUGCCUGGUGGUCCCAACAACAACAAUUAUGCCAACGUAGAGCUGAUAGUGGACAUUGCUAAAAGAAUCCCAGUGCAGGCUGUGUGGGCUGGAUGGGGUCAUGCCUCAGAAAACCCCAAACUGCCUGAGCUGUUGAACAAAGCAGGGAUAUCAUUCUUAGGGCCAUCCAGUAAAGCCAUGUGGGCUCUAGGGGACAAGGUGGCUUCUUCCAUUGUGGCUCAGAGUGCUGACAUUCCCACUCUACCAUGGAGCGGAUCAGGUCUGAGGGUGGACUGGGCUGAGGAAGACCAAAAACUGGGCAAUGUAAUCAGUGUUCCUCCUGAGGUUUACACAAAGGGCUGUGUUCAAGAUGUGGAAGAUGGGCUUGCAGGGGCUGAGAGAAUUGGUUAUCCGGUUGUUAUCAAGGCCUCUGAGGGUGGAGGUGGAAAGGGCAUCCGCAAAGUUGAAAGUUCUGAUGAUUUUCCAGGUUCCUUUAGACAGGUUCAGACAGAAGUACCCGGCUCACCUAUCUUCAUCAUGCAGCUGGCUCAGCAUGCGAGACACCUUGAAGUUCAGAUACUGGCUGACGAGUAUGGAAACGCCAUCUCGCUGUUUGGACGAGACUGCUCCAUCCAGAGGAGGCACCAGAAGAUCAUCGAGGAGGCUCCUGCCACCAUAGCCGCUCCAUCAACAUUUGAACAAAUGGAACGGUACGCUGUGCGACUAGCCAAGAUGGUGGGCUAUGUGAGUGCAGGUACAGUGGAAUAUCUCUUCUCUGAAGAUGGAAGCUUCCAUUUCCUGGAGCUGAAUCCUCGUCUGCAGGUGGAACAUCCUUGCACAGAGAUGAUCGGUGAUGUAAACCUGCCAGCUGCUCAGCUUCAGAUUGCAAUGGGCAUCCCCCUUCAUAGAAUUAAGGACGUCCGCUUGCUUUAUGGAGAAACUCCUUGGGGUGACACCAUCAUUAACUUUGAGACUCCAGACUGCACGCCAAGUCCAAGAGGGCACGUCAUAGCUGUUCGGAUCACCAGUGAGAACCCAGAUGAGGGGUUCAAGCCCAGCUCGGGCACAGUGCAGGAGUUGAACUUCCGCAGCAGUAAAAAUGUCUGGGGUUAUUUCAGCGUGGGGGCAACUGGUGGCCUGCAUGAAUUUGCAGACUCACAGUUUGGACAUUGUUUCUCCUGGGGCGAGAACCGUGAAGAAGCCAUUUCGAACAUGGUGGUGGCUAUGAAGGAGCUGUCAAUCAGAGGCGACUUCAGGACCACAGUCGAAUACCUUAUUAAGCUACUGGAGACAGAAAGCUUCAGAAACAAUGACAUUGACACUGGCUGGCUGGAUCAUCUCAUUGCAGAGAAGGUUCAGGCGGAGAGACCAGAUACCAUGCUCGGUAUUGUUUGUGGGGCUUUGCAUGUUGCUGAUGCGAGCUUCCGAAAGAGCAUGUCUGACUUUCUUCAUUCACUGGAAAGAGGCCAAGUACUGCCCGCAGCCAGUCUCCUCAACUCUGUCAACGUGGACCUGAUAUAUGAAGGAGUCAAGUACUGCCUCAAGGUCGCCCGCCAAUCCCCAACUACUUAUGUCAUCAUAAUGAACGGCUCCAACAUUGAGAUAGAUGUACACAGGCUGAGCGAUGGAGGCCUCCUGCUGUCCUAUGAUGGCAGCAGCCACACAACCUACAUGAAGGAGGAAGUGGACAGCUACCGCAUCACUGUCGGCAACAAGACUUGUGUAUUUGAGAAGGAGAAGGAUCCCACAGUGCUGAGGUCACCCUCUGCUGGAAAACUGCUCCAGUACAUGAUUGAAGAUGGGGGUCAUGUUUGUGCAGGAGAGACCUAUGCAGAGAUUGAGGUGAUGAAGAUGGUGAUGACGCUGACUGUGCAGCAGUCAGGUUGUAUCCACUUUGUCAAGAGACCUGGAGCAGUUCUGGAGACCGGCUGUGUGGUGGCCCAUAUGGACCUGGAUGACCCCAGCAGUAUACACCGGGUGGAACUUAAUACGGCUGUGCUCCCACCACAGCAACCGCUACCCAUUGUGGGGGAAAAGCUUCACCAGGUGUUUCACAAUGUGCUGGAAAACUUGGGUAAAGUCAUGGAUGGCUACUGCCUUGAAGAGCCCUACUUCAGCAGCAAGCUGAAACAGUGGCUGGGCACACUGAUGAAGACUUUAAGGGACCCCUCGCUGCCGCUGUUGGAACUUCAGGAGAUCAUGACGAGUGUGGCAGGUCGAAUUCCUCCUGGUGUGGAGAAGGAUAUCCGUAAAGUCAUGGCCCAGUAUGCGAGUAACAUCACCUCUGUCCUCUCCCAGUUCCCUAGCCAAAGGAUUGCAAAUAUUCUAGAUAGUCACGCAGCAACCCUGCAGAGGAAGGCUGACCGAGAGGUGUUCUUCUUGAACACUCAGAGCAUUGUUCAACUGGUACAGAGGUACCGCAGUGGAAUCCGUGGUUAUAUGAAGUCUGUGGUUCUUGAUCUGUUGAAGCAAUACCUGCAAGUGGAGACGCAGUUUCAGCAAGCUCACUAUGACAAGUGUGUUAUCAACCUGAGAGAGAAGUACAAACCUGACAUGAGUCCUGUGCUGCAGUACAUCUUCUCUCAUGCACAGGUCUCCAAGAAGAACGUCUUAGUCACAAUGCUCAUAGACCAGCUGUGUGGAAGGGAUCCAAUGCUAGCAGAUGAGCUGAUGGCCAUUCUGAACGAGCUCACUCAGCUUAGCAAGAUGGAGAACUCAAAGGUGGCCUUGAGAGCCAGACAGGUCUUGAUUGCAUCCCAUUUACCUUCGUACGAACUGAGGCACAACCAGGUGGAGUCCAUCUUCUUGUCGGCCAUCGACAUGUACGGUCACCAGUUUUGUCCAGAAAACUUGAAGAAACUCAUUCUUUCUGAAACCUCAAUUUUUGAUGUUUUGCCCAAUUUCUUCUACCACUCCAAUCAAGUAGUCUGCAUGGCUGCCUUGGAGGUGUAUGUGCGCAGAGCUUACAUCGCCUAUGAGCUAAAUAGCAUUCAGCAUCACCAGCUGCAGGAUGGAACGUGUGCCGUAGACUUCCAAUUCAUGUUGCCAUCAUCGCAUCCGAACCGAGGGAGCAGCCCUACUCUGAGCAGGGUUCCUGUGCCGGUCUGUGGAUCAGGCCAGUUUAAAAUGAGGCGGCAGGGCAGUGAGCUCUUCCUGGAUGGAGCCUUGUCACCACCCUGCCAGCGCAUGGGCGCCAUGGUGGCUUUCCAGUGUUUUGAUGACUUUAAAAGGAAUUUUGAUGAAGUUCUCUCCAGUUUUGCAGAACCGCUGUUGGAAAGUGCUCCUUUCUCAGAGUCCUGUUCUGGUCUCUAUGAGGAGGAGAACUUCAAGAACACGAAGGAGAACCCAAUCCACAUCAUAAAUGUGUCCAUAAAAACAGCAGACACAGAAGAUGACGAUGCUUUGGUCACAGCUUUCACUGGCUUUGCUCAGUCAAAGAAAGCUCUCCUCUUUGAGUAUGGGAUCAGGAGAAUAACAUUUUUGAUUGCACAGAAGAGAGAAUUUCCCAAGUUCUUCACUUUCAGAGCUAGAGAUGGGUUCCAGGAGGAUCGUAUUUACCGUAAUCUGGAGCCAGCUUUAGCGUUUCAGCUGGAGCUUAACCGCAUGAGGAACUUUGACCUGACAGCCGUUCCCUGUGCCAACCACAAGAUGCACCUCUACCUCGGAGCUGCUCGUGUGCAGGAGGGGGCAGAAGUCACUGACUACCGCUUCUUCGUACGAGCUAUCAUCCGCCACUCAGAUCUCAUUACAAAGGAAGCAUCCUUUGAGUACCUUCAAAAUGAGGGAGAACGUCUUCUGCUGGAGGCCAUGGAUGAGUUGGAGGUGGCCUUCAGUAACACACGCACUGACUGCAACCACAUCUUCCUCAACUUUGUCCCUACUGUCAUUAUGGAUCCCUCUAAAAUAGAGCAGUCUGUCCGCUCCAUGGUGAUGCGUUACGGCAGCCGCCUUUGGAAGCUGAGAGUCCUGCAGGCUGAGCUGAAGAUAAACAUCCGUCUGACGCCAACUGGCAAAGCCAUUCCUGUCCGCCUGUUUCUCACAAAUGAGUCUGGAUAUUAUUUGGACAUCAGUCUGUAUGAGGAGGUCACUGACCCCAGUUCUGGACAGAUCAUGUUCCAUUCAUAUGGAGAUAAACAGGGUCCUCUGCAUGGCAUGCUUAUCAACACUCCAUAUGUGACCAAAGACCUGCUCCAGGCCAAGCGCUUUCAGGCUCAAACUCUGGGUACUACAUAUGUCUAUGACUUCCCUGAGAUGUUCAGACAGGCACUGUUUAAACUGUGGAGUCCCAGGGACGAACACCCUAAAGAUGUGCUCAUGUGCUCUGAGCUGGUUCUGGACCCUGAAGGUCGGCUUGUGCAGAUGAACCGCCUGCCUGGAGACAAUGAUGUGGGAAUGGUUGCCUUCAGGAUGAAGAUGAAGACUCCAGAGUAUCCAGAGGGCAGAGAUAUUAUUGUGAUCUGUAAUGAUAUCACUCACAUGAUUGGCUCAUUUGGUCCUCAAGAAGAUGAGCUGUUCCUCAAGGCCUCUGAGUUGGCUCGGGCUGAGGGCAUCCCCCGCAUUUACAUCGCAGCCAACAGUGGAGCGCGCAUUGGCCUCGCUGAAGAGAUCAAACACAUGUUCCAGGUGGCCUGGAUUGACCCCACUGACCCCUACAAGGGUUUCAAGUACCUUUACCUGACACCGCAGGACUACACACGCAUCAGCUCCACCAAUGCUGUUCACUGUCACCAUGUUGAGGAAGGUGGAGAGUCCAGGUACAUCAUCACUGACAUCAUAGGGAAGAACGACGGUCUUGGGGUUGAGAACCUGCGAGGUUCUGGCACCAUUGCUGGAGAAUCCUCUCAGGCCUAUGAGGAGAUCAUUACAAUUAGUAUGGUGACAUGCCGUGCUAUUGGAAUCGGAGCAUAUCUAGUCCGUUUGGGACAAAGAGUGAUUCAGGUGGAAAACUCACACAUUAUCCUGACUGGAGCAGGCGCUCUUAACAAGGUUUUGGGCAGAGAGGUCUAUACUUCCAACAACCAGCUGGGAGGGAUCCAGAUCAUGCACAACAAUGGAGUCACACACACCACUGUGCCAGAUGACUUUGAGGGUGUCUUUACCAUCCUCAAGUGGCUCUCCUAUAUGCCAAAGAACAAACAAUCCCCUGUGCCUGUGAUUUCAACUACAGAUCCAGUGGACAGAGAAAUAGAAUUUAUUCCUACAAAAGCACCGUAUGACCCCCGCUGGAUGCUGGCUGGGAGACCUCAUCCCACUGUGAAAGGCGCCUGGCAGAGCGGAUUCUUCGACCACGGCUCUUUCAUGGAAAUCAUGGGGUCCUGGGCCCAGACGGUGGUAGUGGGCAGAGCACGGUUAGGAGGAAUUCCCCUUGGUGUCAUCGCUGUUGAAACACGCACAGUUGAGCUCACGGUCCCAGCAGAUCCUGCAAACCUGGAUUCAGAAUCUAAAGUUCUGCAGCAGGCUGGCCAGGUGUGGUUUCCAGAUUCAGCCUUUAAAACCGCUCAGGCCAUUUGUGACUUCAACCACGAGCAUCUGCCUCUCAUGGUGUUUGCCAACUGGAGGGGCUUCUCUGGUGGAAUGAAGGAUAUGUAUGACCAGAUAUUGAAGUUUGGAGCCUACAUCGUGGAUUCCCUGCAUGGUUUCCAUCAGCCUGUGCUGGUCUACAUUCCACCACAGGCUGAGCUGAGAGGAGGCUCAUGGGUGGUGAUAGACCCCACCAUCAAUCCACUGUGUAUGGAGCUCUAUGCGGACAAGGAGAGCAGAGGUGGUGUGCUGGAGGCUGAAGGCACAGUGGAGAUCAAAUUCAGAAGGAAGGACCUCCUGAAGACCAUGAGAAGACUAGAUUCAGUCUAUGCUGGCCUGGUUGAGCAGCUUGCUUCCCCAGACCUGUCUGACAAACAGUGCAGAGAGCUGGAGUUGAAACUCAAAGCAAGAGAGGAAUUCUUGUUGCCCAUCUACCACCAGGUGGCAGUGCAGUUUGUAGAGCUCCACGACACCCCGGGCAGAAUGCAGGAGAAGGGUGUCAUCACUGAUAUUUUGGAUUGGAAGAAUGUGCGGACCUUCUUCUACUGGCGCCUGCGUCGCCUCCUGUGGGAGCAGGUGGUGAAGUGUGAAAUUCUGCAGGCCAACCAGGACCUCAGCGAUGGGCACAUGCAGUCUAUGCUGCGGCGCUGGUUUGUUGAAACGGAAGGAACAGUCAAGGCCUACCUGUGGGACAACAACCAAGCAGUAGUUGAGUGGCUCGAGAAGCAUUUAUCCCAGGAGGACGGCACUCGAUCAGCCAUCCGAGACAACAUCAAGUACCUGAAAAGAGAAAACGCUAUGAAACACAUCCGCAGCCUGGUGCAGGCCAACCCUGAAGUAGCCAUGGACUGCAUCAUUCACAUGAGCCAGAACAUCACCGCAUCCCAGAGGGCCAAGCUCUCGCAUCUGCUUGCAACUAUGGACAGCACCAGCACCAGUUAAGCUGAGGGGAUUUAACAGGUUAUAUUAUUAAAAUCUAACUAAAGCUAAAUGGCCUGUUCCCGUUUGAUUGUACUGUAAAGAAGAAAGAAAAAGUAAAGGUAAAGGAAAAGAAAUGUAGUUAUCUGCCAAUUCUUUGCAAUAACGCACACAUGAGCAAAGUGACUUAUUCCUCAGUGAUCACCACUGCUGUGCUCCGUUCCACUGUUGAUUGAGCAGCAGCAUUUGUCUCUUACAUUCGUGAGGUAAACAGUCAGUCAUUUCAGCUGCUCAGUCCAGUAACUUUCAGGUUCACAAGCUAUGACUGUAAUGCACUUUUCACUUGGCUGUAUAUUGUACAUAAUGAUAUUAUCAGUGUUAAAAUCGCCUUAAUGUGCUGUCUAUUGAGGCCAGAGUUAUUAUGCAAGUUUUAAUGAAGUCAAAUGCUUCAUACUUAGGUGCUGAACGUCAUUUUCAGUUCAAGAUAUUAAAUUAAGAAUUUCUUUUCAUCUUUGAAUGUACCUCAGAAAACUGAUGAGUUUUCAAAUGUUAAAAAAGAGAAUCAGAAGUGGUGAAAUCAGUCGAUUCUGUAUCAUUUCUGCAUUGACUUUGACUUUUUACCAGUGUUGUAAUGCAGAAAUGAAAAUUAAGAAGCAGAUUAAGUUGUUUCUGACGAGUGCAGUUGAGUCAUUUCACUGUUGACGUUGGACCCAGUCGUCUGUCUUUUCAUUCUCACUUUCAGUCUGUUUGUGUUUCUAUGCUGUUUUGUGUGUUAAGAAAUGAAUGAGAGGAGCGACUGUGAUACUUCUGCUUUAUGUCACUGAAAUAAUGCUGCAAUCCAUAAGACUCAGGUUGGACAAUAAUCAUCAUGAUGGACCUCCAAGUGAUGGCUUUAAUUUGCCUUACCUCUGAUCACAACAUCAGCCACAAAUUUUCAUUUGAAUGUAAAGAAACUCUUUGCUCUGUUUUCUCUGUUUGUUAAUAAAUGCCACUGAGAUAUUUUUUGGCAAAA